AAGGAGGAGGAGGAGCCAUCCCAGUCCGCCAGUGUCGUCAUCUUCUAAUCGGCUUCAUCUGCUUCAACGAAAAUUCUCUGAAAGCUUUACAAAAAACCAAAGAGCCAUUAUGGCUCUUGCAGCAAGCUUCACUUUGGCCUUUCCUUCUAUAUCUCUAUCUUCAAGGACAAGAAUUUCUUCAUCUGGAUCUUGUUAUCCUCUCAGAUGUUCCAUCCAAAACUCUUCCCUCUCAGUUUCAGUGCCUGACACCACUAUCUCCAAGUGCAACGAAACCUUGUCAGCAAUUCAAAAUUCCGGUAUAAUUGCUUGUCUUCGCGCUGAAAGUGCGGAAUUGGCAUUGGAAGCUGCUCGUGCUGCAUUAAAUGGUGGAAUUACUGUGCUGGAGAUUGCAAUGUCCAAUCCAGGUGUCUUUGAGGUCUUACAGCAAUUAGUGCACGAGUAUCCAACAAAAAUAAUAGGGGUUGGGACUGUUUUAAAUCUUGAAGAUGCCAAACAUGCUAUUAGCCACGGAGCUAAGUUUCUUCUUAGUCCUGCAAUGGUAAUGGGUAUUUUGGAUGAUGUUUCAUGCAGUAAAGCUCUAUAUAUACCUGGAGCCAUGACUCCAACAGAGAUAUUGUCCGCAUUCAGUUCUGGAGCCAAAAUGAUCAAGGUGUAUCCAGUGUCUGCAUUGGGUGGUAUCCAAUACAUAGCAGCUCUGAAAAAGCCCUUCCCUCAUAUCCCUUUGAUUGCCUCUCAGGGCAUAACAGUAGAUUUAGUUGGGGAGUAUAUUGCUCAUGGAGCAACAUCGGUUGUUUUGUCUGAUGCUAUAUUCAGUAAGAAGGCAAUGGGUGAAAGGAAUUUUGAGACCAUUUAUCAGCUUUCACGUUCUGCAGCUUCCCAGGCGAUUGAAGCUGUAGAAAGAUGUUACCGGGAGCUAUAAUUUCCUAUUGCAAACAAAUAUAGAUCACACAAUCUCUUGUACCUAUGAGUACAACAAUUGGAUAUUCGAAGUUGAUGGCAUAUAUAUCUACCAACUGGCUGGGCAAGAUUUGUUGAAUGCCAUUUCCUUGGAGAAGGAAGUGUUAUUAUUUUUAAUUUAUUACAAAAUAAUAAUUAUCAUGUAA